ACGCACGCUACAAAGUCCAUGGUGCCAAAUACCGAUACUCAUGAUGUCAGCUUCGCCAGUUGACGAAGACGACACGCUUACCAGCUGGCUGCGAUCGCGCCGACAGUCUUCAUCAAACUUAACAGAACUUAUAGAACGACUACUAGCAGACAUCACAACAGCUGGAGCAAACUGCUUUAAAAUUCGUCAAGAAUCCACUUUCAGCAGUCCUCUCCAUUGUUCAUGUGGUAGCAUUCUGUACGAACCAGUCACUCAGAAAGACGGCAGCAGUCAGUGCAAGUCGUGCGUCGACGAACAAGAAAGAAGAAGGAAAUUGACUGAGGAAGAAGGCGGUGGGAAUUGGGUUGCUGUUAAUGUAUUACUCGCUGGGAUUGUACGAGAAUGUUGCAAAGACCACGUUCAGUCUGUUGAAAUUCGUAUGAGAGGCGAUGAUGCUUUGCUGGCGGGAGAAAAUGACGAAGCGAGCAAAUUAUACACAAUGGCUUUGACCUUGGCUCGUGACGAUCCUAUUACUUUAAUAAGGAGAGCAGAAGCACAGGCUUUGCAAGGACUUUACUCUGAGGCUUUGGAGGACACAAGCAAAGCACUGGCAUUAUCUCCCAAACAAUGGAAGUCGCACCAUCACAAAGCAGAGGUCCUUAAAGCUCUUGGAAGAACAGAAGAAUCCCUGGCUUCUUUUGUGGCUUGUUUAGUGCUAAGGGAAGAUGUAAUGCUUCGACAGCAUGUGGUAGUGAUACUUGACCAAUAUUUGUCCACUGAUGCUGAGAACUCUGUAUCUGAUGGUUCAUUUCAAAAGUUGCAUAGAGUGUUUUAUUUGUGUUCUAAAGAGCUGAACCCAAAUUCUGUUUUACCAUCUGGCAGUUUUCAAGGCAGUUUAGCUUUGGAGGAUUUUGAUUGUGUGUUGUGUGGCAGGUUGUUGUACAAACCAGUUACUACUCCAUGUGGUCAUGUGUUCUGCAGAUCAUGCCUUAAUCGCUCUCUAGAUCAUCGGCCCUCAUGUCCUACGUGCAGAGGAGCACUUUCGGAGUAUUUGGCAUCUGUUCUUGGGAGGAGCGAAUGUGUAACAGAGGCAAUAGAAAGAAUGAUUCAACAGUUUUUUUCAGAUGAUUACAGAACACGAGACCAGUUGUAUAGACAGGAAUUACGGCAACUUGCAGGGCCGCCACUGGGGCAUCUACCUGUCGAGGCCGAUAUUCCGGUGCUUGUUUGUGGGGCAGCGUUUCCUUCUGUCUCUUGUCCUUUGCACAUAUAUGAACCUUGUUACCGUCUUAUGCUACGACGCUGCUUAGAAUCAAAUAGCUAUCAGUUCGGAAUGUGUCAACCAUCUGAGCAAUCACAGUUGGCACCAGUUGGCACUAUGUUAAGAGUCCGAGGUGUACAAUUUAUAGCUGAUGGGCGGUCGAUGGUGGAUGCAGUGGGUGGGAAACGAUUCAAGGUUUUGAAGUAUGGAAUGUUGGACGGAUACGGUCGAGCUGUCGUUCGGUUCUUUUCCGAUGAGAAAGUUCAGUCUGGACCAGAAUUGAUAGCAUUAUGCACUAAGGUGCAUGAGGCGACGAAGAACUGGUUCACAUCUCUUAGCACAGUUAUAAAAGAUCGUAUAACAGGCUGUUUCGGCCCACUCCCUCAAUACAACCCGACCUCCGAUCCUCAGUCCAAAGACGAUGGUCCAGACUGGGUGUGGUGGGCUUGUGCUGCCUUACAAGGGCAAUUCCAGGCUGCCAAUGUUUUGGCAUUGACUUCACUCAAAGAUCGACUGCAGAUGCUACAGCAUUUCGUAGAUGAGCAAGCCAACGUUAUGGAACUAUGUAGACCUCAGUAAGGUAUAGAGGUAACAUCUAUAACUAUAUCUAUAGCUAUGAGUGUAUAAAAGAAUCUAUAUUUGUAAGUGUAAGAAGAAUUUUUCUAGUUCAAUUUGUAAUAUUUGUUAAUUUAGUUUGACUGCUAAGUCUACAGAACUAUUUUAGAAUUUCUUACAUUCUAAGUCGACAUCUAGAGUGAUAUUUAAUUAAAACAUUGUAUGGGGAAAGCCAA